ACGUAAUAUCUACGCGUCGGUGUUUUUGUUUGAGCCGUUUGAAUUCCAGAGAAGGUUGUGCUGUCAUGGUGUUGUUUCCGAACUCACUAACGGAGGAAGAGGAGUCUCUACAGAAGAAGUAUGCUAAACUUAAGAAAAAGAAAAAGGCUCUCCUUGCACUGAAGAAGCAGAGUUCAACCAACCAAACAAACCAGAGUGGCUUGAAAAGGACGCUGUCGGAUCAGCCUGUUGUUGAUACCGCAACAGCGACAGAGCAAGCUAAAAUGCUCAUCAAGUCAGGAGCCAUCAGUGCCAUUAAAUCAGAGACCAAGAACUCCGGCUUCAAACGCUCCCGAAUGCUAGAAAUCAAACUUAAGGACCCAGAAAAAGGUCCGGCUCCUGCCUUCUUACCCUUCCAAAGGAGUGUCUCUACAGAUGAUGAUCCACAUGAGUCUGGAAAGAGAGGUCAAAUGAAGAGUCUGUAUGAAAGCUUCGUUAGUUCAAGCGACCGAUACCGGGAUGAAGAAGAAGGAGGCGGCAUGUCGUCCAGCCGUGACGUGGACCGAGAAAGGGACAGAGACAUAGACAGGGAGUGGGAAAGAGACAGAGACCGGGAACGGGAACGGGAUAGAGAAAGAGGCCGGGACAGAGACAGAGACAGGGAAAGAGAACGAGAACGGGAACGAGAAAGACACAGAGAACGAAGCAGAGAGAGAGACAGAGACCAGGACAGGGAGCGAGACAGAGACAGAGACACACCUUUCAGAAGAUCGGACUCGUACCCGGAGCGCAGAGGUGUGCGUAAGGGGAACACGGUGUACGUUUACGGCUCCGGCCUGGUGGAGGACAGCCUGCGCUCUGCCUUCUCCCAGCAUGGGAACCUCAUCGACCUCUCAAUGGACAACCCGCGCAAUUGUGCAUUUAUCACGUUUGAGAAGAUGGAGUCUGCAGACCAGGCUGUAGCUGAGUUGAAUGGAGCUGUGGUGGGAGACGUUCAUAUUAGAGUCAGCAUUGCCAGGAAGCAGCCCAUGCUGGACGCUGCCACCGGAAAAUCAGUGUGGGCCUCCCUCGCUGUGCAGAACAGCACCAAAGGCUCGUACAGGGAUAAGAGGAACCAAGUGGUCUACAGUGAAGACUUCCUGGAAUAAAAGAAGUUUUGUUUUUUUCUUUUUAGUGAGAAGCUGGCCUUUUUUUUGGGAAUGUUUUUUUUUUUUUUUUUUUUUUUGUUGAAUUGAAUAAAUCACAUUCUCAAGUAGAAUUCCAUAAAACUGGGA